GUUAAAAUCAGAAGAGUAAAACAAAUGCUCUCGAAAGAGUACAUGAAAUAAGAAGAGAAAAUAUGAAAGGGCAGAGUGCUGCUGAGCACUAGCAUUUAGCAGGUGGACAGAGGACCUGGAGAGGAGCUGGAAAAGGAAGUGUGGCAGGUGAGAGCCAGGACACGGUGGGCCAUGGGAUGCAAAUGGGAGGGGUGGACAUAGUCCGGAAUCAGAGAAACAGUCAGAAACGUUCAGUGGGUUACCCAUGGGAGGUUAUCGUCCCCCUCCAAACCCUCCUCCAACCUUAGGGAAGCCUGCUGAGUCGGCCAGCCAUGGGUGCAUCCUGAAGAGCCAGCCUCAGGGCAGAAGCUGCAGACAGCUGGCCAGCCCACCCUGGGCAUGGGCGCCCCUGCCAAAGGGCCACUGUGCCUGGCUCAGGUAAGCAGCCAAGGCUGCAGGGGAAGUGCGGGCCAGUCCACUAUGGCCUCAGACGCUGACUUUGGGCAAAGGCCUCCCUACUGAAAAAAGGCCUUUCUCGCUGGGUGCAAGAGCACACACUGUGAGCCCAGCUGCUGGGAAGGCUAAGGUAGGAGGACUUCAAGUCCAAGACCAGCCUGGGCAGUUCAGGGAGACCCUGUCUCACAAUAACUACAGAGGGCUGGGGACAUUGCCACAUGGUAUCCCCGAUACCACCCAACCACCCAACCAACCAACUAACCAACUAACUAGAAGGCCAUUCUCAAGGUGAACGAGCAUAUUUGCUUUCUGGUGUAGGCCAUCCUUGGCAAGUUGGGCAUCAGGUCCCUGUGCUCCCAGGGCCCGUGGUCCUCUCAUUAAGCAGAGCCUGGAGCUGAGGAAAGGGGUUUGGGGACAGUGACGCUCUUCUGAUCUCGGGCCUUUUCUGACCCGGAUGUGGAUGACCACAUUCUGGUUCCAGAUGUGAAGCUACCACACACAGGCGCAGUAUGGACGAGUGUGUGAAGGGCUUCACCUCCACGACAGCCCAAACCCCAUUACAUUUUGCAGUCAUCAUGAUAGUGGAUGGGGCCCUCGGCUGAGUGCCUUGGAUCAGAAAGCCCAGGGUCUGUCCCAGCAUGGCUUUGCAUACCUGUCAGGGAAAAGGAGAAGAAGAAACAGGUACGAGCUCAGCAGGACAGGCUCAGAGCAGGGCAAAGCUGAGAGGGCCGCUCUGGCACUGGAGACCAGGCCAGCUGCUCUGCUGCAGGCUGCGGGUCUUUUGUGGGGUCUCGGGGAGGGGGAGCUCAGCGCGAGGGGCCAGGCUGCCUGGCAAGGCUUGGGAGAGCACAGGCGGUGACGGCCACCCAAGACCGAGGCUUGGGAAAGCGCGGGCAGUGGCCGAAGAGCAGGGAGGACAAUGCUAGGGGUCCCUGGAUGAGCUGUGCUGGGAGCAGGGUUUAGAGGGGCCUCAUCAGGACAGCGCCGCCGGAUUCCUCCAAUACCUGCAAUCCCAAAACUCUGGGAGGCUGAGGCAGGAGGAUCACAAGUUCAACCCUAGCCUGGGCAACUUAGUGACUCAACAAUACCCUGUCUCAAAAUAAAAAAUAAAAAGGCUGGGGAUGAAGCUUGGUGUAAAAGUCCUGGGCUCAGUCUCCCAGAACCACAAAAUAUAAAAGGAAAAGAAAACCAGGGAUCUAAUCCCAGCCGCGUGACAGCUGUUUUAGGCAAGUCACACCGGCUCUGAGCCCCAGAAGCGUCCUCUGAAAUGAAGGGGCAGAUACGAUCUGGGGGGUGUUAUUAGGAAGCAGCCCUGUGAGGCGUCUACUCCUUGAGUAAGGGACCUGAGGGUGGGGCUGCAGCAGGGUGGCGGGGGAUUGGGUAGGCCUGCUGUCUGUGCCCAGCGCCAUCAGAGUUCAGCACUAAGAUAGGUCGCCCGAGCUGUCAUUCAAAGAGUUCCUUAGCAGUGGGAGGGUGGGACCUGGCUGUCCGGUAACCCUGGGGGCCCCCAGCUAAGAGCCAGGGGAAGUAACUGGAGCCAGAGGAACCAUUCCAGAAGCCCACUGCACUGUGGAGAGAACCUGGAGGUAAGUCAUCCUGCAGCCUCUGCCUGAGACUGGGCAGGGGGAGCCAGGAAUGCCCCGUUGAGGGCCUUGAAAAGUCAGGAGUUCUGGGUGUUCUUGGAAGCAAAGAUAGUUUCUCUGAAAAGAGAAUGCAUCACUUCUGCCUAUUUCUGCUAAGAAAAGAAGAAGAGGAGGAAGGGUCGGAGGGCCCAGCGGCCUGGCCAGGUCUCUUCCACACCUUUUGCUGUCUCCUGGGCACAGAGCUUAGCCAAGGGCUUUGCUUUUCCAGGGGAAAGUUAGGAACAGGAUGAGGUGAAGGUGUUUGCAUUUGGGGGGGCUCUGGAGACCCGAGCAGGAUGCUGAGGGUGCAGAACCAGCCAGCGGACCGGACCCUAAGCAGAGGACACGGGGAGACAGGAGCUCCUGGGGUAUACGCUGCGGCUGCUCCUUACCUGGAGCCCUGCACAUUCAGCAGCCUGUUCCCGCUGGGCCCCGGCCUGGCGUGGCUGUGCUGCUCCGUCUGGUUCACUCUAAAAGUUGUGGUAAGGUAGAUGUAACUUAAAACUUACCAUUUUAACUUUUAAAGUUUUUGGUGCUGGUUGUUGAGCCUGGGGCCACACUCACGCUAGGCAAGUGCUUCAUCACUGAACGCUACCCUCAUUGUAAUUGUGUGUGUAUGCGUGUGCCUGUACGUGUGUCAUGGGGGAUUGAACCCAAGGCCUUUUUUAAAUUAUUAUUUUGAGACAAGGACUCUCUAAGUUGCCCAGCUUAGGCUGGAAGUUGCAGUCCUCCUGCCUCAGCCUCCCAGCAUGCUGGGAUUGCAGCUGUGCACCAUCAGAUCUGGCUCGAUAAACUUUUAUUUAGAAUUUACUACGUGUCUUCAAGCUGCUCCACAUCUAGUGGGAAAGACAGACAAGAAAGUCAGCGUCUCCAACCAUGUGAUAAAUGCUGUAACAGACACAGGUGUGAGCUCUGCCAGGGCCACAGAAGCCCUCAGUGGCGGGGAGAAAGAUGGAACCUGACCUGAGUCCUGAGGGAGGACUCAGGGAGGAGCAAGAUGAGGUGAGGGGUGAUGCGCUGCCUGCUGGCACAGAUGGAGCUGCGUGAGCCGGGGAGAAACCCUGGGCACCGAGCUCACCCUGGGACAGGAGUAGGGCUCGACUGCCCCCAGGAUCCUGCUGCAGGGGAGCAAGCCGACCUCCUGACCCCUCCGUUCCCCACUGUCAGCCCCAUGUCUUCCCCCAGCCCCAAGGAGACACCCCAGGAGCCCGAGCCCUGCAACCGCAAGAAGAGGAAGAAGGGAUGGCUGAGGCGAGAGGCCAGCAUCCGAGCCCUCACCAAGGCCGGCCAUGGGGCCCUCCGGGCGGGCCAGCACCGAGAGGCUGUGGUCAGCUUCCAGAAGGCUUUCCUCCUGGCCUCGGGGGCCCCGAGGCUCCGGGACACCUCUGUCCUGCGGGCCUGUGCCUUCAACCUGGGGGCCGCCUACGUGGAGACUGGGGACCCCGCCAGAGGCCUGGCGCUGCUCCUGCGAGCCCAGCCGGAAGCCAAGGCCCAGGGCAGGCAUCAUGGUGACCAGUGUUUCAAUGUGGCCUUGGCCUACCAUGCGCUCGGCGACCUGCCCCUCGCUCUGGGCUGGUACCACAAGGCCCUGGCCCAUUACCAGCCGCAGGGUGACCAGGGAGGGGCCCAGGCAAGGAUGGGAGCCUGCUACCGGGCCCUGGGGUGGCCCGAGCAAGCAGCCCACUGCCUUCAGGAGGCAAGCCAGGCCUACACCCGGGCGGGGCAGCCCUGGGCCGCAGCUCUGGCAUUGGGGGCCGCAGCGCGGUGUAUGCUGAAGAGUGGGCGGCACGGGGUGAGUGAGGUGGUGCAGGUGCUGGAGGACAGCCGGAGGCUUGCUGAGACCAGCGCUGAGCUGGGUCUGCUGGGGCAUCUCUAUAAUGACCUAGGCCUGGGCUAUGCCCAGCUGCAGCUGUUCCCUCUGGCCGUGGAGGUCUUCCUGCAGGCCCUGCCCCUGUGCCGGCAGCCAGGAGAGCAGGCCACAGUGCUGAGGAACCUGGGGAUGGCCCACAAUGCCCUCGGCAACUAUGGACAAGCCCAAGACUUUCAUCAGAAGGCUGCCAACCUGCACGGCUCCGUGGGGCAGAGGUGGGAGCAGGGCCGCAGUUUUGCUAGCCUGGCAUUCGCACUGAGCCAGCUGGGGGACCACAGGGCGGCCAGAGACAACUACCUGCACGCCCUGCAGGCUGCCCGGGACACUGAAGGAGCCGGACUCCACACGGCGACGGCUGGUGGCCAAGCUGGCAGACGCCAUGAGGACCCGCUUGACCCAGACUCUGGCUCCAGGAAGGCCCGAGGAUCCAGGCAGGGCCUCCCAGGUGGCAGAGACCUCAGCCAGGACACAAAGGAGCUGGGCAGUGGCCCAGGACAGUUCCCCACACAGCAGAUCUCCCAGCAGAUGGGAAGAUGGAGAGGUGGAGGAGAGCCCCCCAGAGAAAGAAGAGGGGUCGGCAUGUGUUCCUGUGAUGUCCGGGCCUCAGAGACCAGAGCGUCCAGGACACACAGAGCAUCCUCCCUUUGGAGGUGCAAGCCCCCCCAGAGUGGGAUACCCCCGCGCCCUGGUACACAGUGGCUCCCAGGGUAACAGGUGAGUGGGGGGGCGAAGGAAGUAGAAGAGGCUGGGGGGAGGGAUGGCCCUAACAGGACAUGGCCAGUGUUAAAGUCGCAGAAGAUGCUAUCUGGUGCUUGGGGUGCAGGCCCCAGAGCCCCUUCGCCUUUGCCCUUCAGCAAUCUGAACAGCCCUGGCCCAGCCUGGAGGCCUGCGGCCAGCCUUCCUCCUGCACCCGAGUGCAGCCUCAGGGAAAGGCAGGGCCCAGAGAGCUCUCCCUCCUGCCCUGAGUCCACAGCAGGGAUGAGGCCCUGUGCGGCUGGCGAGUCCUUCUCUGCCUCCUCACGUCCUCUAGGGAGGCCCUGGGCAGGAGUCCCGCCAGGAGAGUCCACCAGUCUGGCUUCUGCACUGUCUCGUGACCUGGAUGCUUCCAGCAGGGACUUGGUGUCCGAGCCCUCCCGGGGCCUUCAACCCUGCGAGGCACAGUCAGUGAGUGGGCGGAGCAGUGCUGGCUCUGCUCCUCAUCAGGAGCUGGGACUUAGUCGGCAAAAGGAAAAAAGAUGGUGAAUCCCCUUCUUCUUUCUGGAUCCAAACCUCACGAUCGCUAAGGCCUUGGGCAACUGUAAAACUGUCUCCUUGGUUAGGUGUCAUGGUGGCUCUGGAGUCACUGACUUUCUCCAGCAGAUCGCCUUUCCUCCUUGGGAAGGAGAGAUGGAAGGCUACAGAAGGCAUCUGUAUUUAUUUAUUCUGAGACAGCCUCGCUAAGUCAGUGAGUAAGCUGCCAGGCUGGGCCUGCACUCAGAA